AUGACUGCCCCCUUUGACCUCGUCAACUAUCUCGCCGAGCUGCCCUGCCAAGACCACAUCGUACAUGUCUGGAAGAACUACGCUGGGAAAGUGACCGCGGCCAUGCAGGUUGAAGGCGGGGCGCUGUCGGCUGUUCUUGAGCAAGGCCCCAACCCAGAAGACAUGAGCAUCCAAGCGGCCAGGGAGCUCCUCUCAUCCGAGCACGGCCCAGGCAAGCCUCGCCUCGUCGUCUCCGGCCUCCCCCAAUACGUUGUCCGCGACUCCAUCGACGACGUGGUCGACGUGACCACCGCCUCUUCGUUCCCGAGUAGCACCAAGUCCCUAUCCUGCGGCAGCUUCCUCGCCGGGCAGGGAGGCACGUGCAUAGAGCUGGGCGUGGUGGAGGAGGAUUCGUGGGUCUCGGUCAAUGCGGGCCAGACAUCAGUUUUGGGCAAGUUGUCUAAAAGGGGUACCAACAGCAAUCUGAGUAUGACCAUUGAACCGGCGAACGGGGCGGUCUGCCUCAAGAAGGGCUGGAACUUCACCAUGUUCCUCGAUGAGAACUCACUGGUCUACUUCUGCUAUAAAGUGCCUGUCCAGCCAGACUCCUAG